CGUUUUUCUCCGAUAAAUGGAAAAUUAGGGUCUUUUUUGUUGCCCACUUGCUUACAAGAUUGGGCGACUUUAGGAAGUUGGACGACUAUCCAUAUGGCAACACUGUCGACAUCGAAAAUUUUGACAUCUCAAUUUUGGUGACAAUUUCACACGUAUGUUUGUCCAAGAUAAUGUAGAUAAUUUUACAUAAAAACCUAAUUUCACAACGUUAAAGAUGUCUUCUUCGGCGAUUUACAUCCUAGAUGUAAAAGGCAAAGUCCUUAUUUCAAGGAAUUACCGGGGCGAUGUCGACAUGGGUGUCAUAGACAAGUUCAUGCCUCUACUCAUGGAGAAAGAAGAGGAAGGUAUGCUCACUCCACUAUUGCAGACCAGCGAAUGCACAUUCUCUUACAUCAAAACGAACAAUCUUUACAUCGUUUCAACUACUAAGAAAAACGCUAACAUUGCAUUGGUAUUUGUUUUUCUUUACAAAAUUGUUGAAGUCAUGACUGAGUACUUCAAAGAACUGGAAGAGGAGAGUAUCCGUGACAAUUUCGUUGUCAUUUACGAGCUCCUCGACGAACUCAUCGACUUUGGAUACCCACAGACCACCGAUAGUAAGAUCCUUCAAGAAUAUAUCACUCAGGAGGGACACAAACUAGAAAUGCAGCCUAGAAUACCUAUGGCUGUAACAAAUGCGGUGUCUUGGAGAUCUGAAGGCAUCAAGUACAGGAAAAACGAAGUAUUCCUAGAUGUUAUAGAGUCUGUCAAUUUGUUAGCUAACUCAAACGGAAAUGUCUUGAGGAGUGAAAUUGUUGGAGCUAUUAAAAUGAGAGUGUAUCUCUCUGGUAUGCCAGAAUUGAGACUUGGUUUAAAUGAUAAAGUACUGUUCGAGAGUACUGGCAGAGGGAAGUCCAAGUCUGUUGAAUUAGAAGACGUAAAGUUCCAUCAGUGCGUCAGGUUGUCAAGAUUUGAAAAUGACAGGACCAUCUCUUUCAUACCUCCAGAUGGAGAGUUUGAGUUGAUGUCCUACAGACUGAACACUCAUGUGAAACCAUUAAUUUGGAUUGAAUCCGUCAUUGAACGUCAUGCGCACUCUCGAGUGGAGUAUAUGAUAAAAGCCAAGUCUCAGUUCAAAAGACGUUCCACAGCAAAUAAUGUUGAGAUCAUAAUUCCAGUACCCGCUGAUGCUGACUCACCCAAAUUCAAAACUACUAUUGGCAGUGUAAAAUAUACUCCAGAGCAGAAUGCCAUAACUUGGUCAAUUAAAUCAUUCCCAGGAGGUAAGGAGUACUUAAUGCGUGCUCACUUCGGUCUACCCUCCGUUGAAUGUGAGGAGGUGGAUGGAAAGCCCCCUAUUCAAGUUAAAUUCGAAAUUCCAUACUUUACCACUUCUGGUAUACAAGUGAGGUACCUGAAGAUUAUUGAGAAGAGUGGCUACCAAGCGUUGCCGUGGGUUAGGUAUAUAACCCAGAACGGAGACUAUCAGCUAAGAACUAACUAAGCGUUCACCACAUUCCAUUGAGGGCUAUACAGCAGAAGUACUAUUUGUUACUGUAUGCAACAUAAUUUACUAAUAUUAUACUAUGUAUUUUUCAGUUUUGCCACACCCAUAAUUUUAAAUAGUCUGUUUACAGGAAAUGUAUACUGUCCUAGUUCUCACAUAUACAUACAAUAAAAACCCUGCCCCACAGUAGUGUGCUAAGUUGUUUGCCAGCUAUACAUAUCUUAAAUAUAAUUACUGUGCAAAAUUCGGCAUUGGUUCAAUAGGUUUCGGUGGGCAUUCCACAUUAAUGAGUCAAUGUGUUAAUCAGUUAGUCAGGCCUAUUAUUUGUAAAUUUGUAUAAAUUUAAUAUGUUAUAUUUACCAAUUAUUAUAUUCUUUUUACACCUUCUGCUGUACGUCUUCACUUAUACAUUAAGAUGCACAUAUUUUUAAUUUGAUUGCGUUAUGUUAUGUAUUAUGGUAUUAAGUAGAGCAAGAUAGUAUUAUUUAUACAGUUAUGACAAAUUAAUAUCCAUCAUGUGAAGUAAAAUGUAAUUAAAUAAAUAAUCUACUUAAACAUUAA